UUCCCUUUCUUCAACCUUCGUUUCCAUUUUCUCUUUCUCUCCAUUCACAAUUUCCUCUGUACAUAGAUGGAGUUGGCAAUCAUCUGAAACAUUUGUCAUCGUCUGUAAUAGGUAAUCACCUCCGCCAUAAUAACUCCUGUUAGCAGGCGGAGUCUCCCGCCGCUGCCGUGUGAAAAUUCUUCAAGCGGGUUUGCGUUUUUGAACAUAAAAACAUUAGUGCAGAGAGUGAAGAAAAGCAAAAGAAAAUGGAAUAUGUCCAAAAGGUGGUGGAGUAUUAUUAUAAUUAACCAACCCCAUUUUUCCUCAGCGCACUCCAUUGUACAGCUGCUUUCAAAAUCUCAGUGCGCUAUUUCACUUUCCACUUUACGAAAAAACUAAUCCCCCAACACCACUUGUGAAAUCCCCCCAAGUUUUCUACUGUUCAAUUCGAAUUUUUUAUUGCUUUUGUGAAACCCUUUUCCUAAGAAUUGGCUACUUGCUUGUCCCCUUAUCCCCGAAAGGAUUCAUUAACUAUUAAAAAAAUCGGAUUUGCUCCUUCUGAUGGUUAAAAGGUUUGGAUUGCAAACUGUUGUUAGUUCUCUUUGCGAUAUGCUCGAGAGCAUGCGCUUUCUGUUGUGAGCAGUAAAAAUGGUGGUGAGGAAGGUGGGGAAGUAUGAGGUGGGGAGGACGAUUGGGGAAGGGACGUUUGCGAAGGUGAAGUUUGCGCAAAAUACGGAGACGGGUGAGAGUGUCGCCAUGAAAGUCCUCGAUCGAUCCACCAUUAUUAAGCACAAGAUGGUCGAUCAGAUAAAGAGGGAGAUAUCCAUUAUGAAACGUGUUCGACAUCCAUAUGUUGUCCGUUUGCAUGAGGUUAUUGCAAGCCGCACAAAGAUCUACAUCAUAUUGGAAUUCAUCACAGGUGGUGAAUUGUUUGAUAAAAUUGUUCACCAUGGCCGGCUUAGUGAAUCUGAGUCGAGAAGAUACUUUCAGCAGCUUAUUGAUGGUGUUGAUUAUUGCCACAGUAAGGGAGUCUAUCACAGAGAUUUAAAGCCUGAAAAUCUAUUGCUUGAUUCCCAAGGAAAUCUUAAAAUCUCUGAUUUUGGGCUUAGUGCAUUUCCUGGAGAAGGAGUCAGCAUUCUGCGAACAACUUGCGGUACUCCCAAUUAUGUUGCACCAGAGGUUCUUAGUCAUAAAGGCUACAAUGGUGCUUUGGCGGAUAUUUGGUCAUGUGGAGUCAUCCUUUAUGUUCUGAUGGCUGGUUAUCUGCCUUUUGAUGAGAUUGAUCUGACAACACUAUAUGGAAGGAUUGAGAGUGCAGAAUUUUCAUGUCCAUCCUGGUUUCCAGUUGGAGCGAAAUCAUUGAUCCAUAGAAUAUUAGACCCGAAUCCUGUAACACGCAUUAGGAUUGACGAUAUCAGAAAUGAUGAGUGGUUUAGAAAGAAUUAUAAUCCCGUUAGACUUCCUGAAACUGAAGAUGUUGAUUUGGAUGAUGUUAAUGCAGCUUUUGAUGAUCCAGAGACGGACAAUAUUAAUAUUUACAUCAAGAAACUUCAACAGAUACAUGCUGCAGUUGCCUGGGAAUGUGAUUUCACACUAACACUUGAAGAAUUCCCUAAUCAGCAAUGUGGGAAUGAAGAUAUGGGGCCUCUCGUUCUCAAUGCAUUCGAUUUGAUUAUUCUCUCUCAGGGCUUGAAUCUUUCGGCACUGUUUGAUCGCAGGAAGGAUUCACUGAAACAUCAAACACGGUUUGUUUCACAAAGAUCAGCAAAGGUUGUCCUGUCAAGUAUGGAAGUUGUUGCACAAUCAAUGGGUUUCAAGACGCAUAUUCGUAAUUAUAAGAUGAGAGUUGAAGGCCUUUCUACGGAUAGGACUUCACAUUUCUCUGUAAUUAUGGAGAUCUUUCAAGUUGCUCCCACAUUUAUCAUGGUCGAUAUUCAGAGAGCAGCAGGAGAUGCUGAGGAAUAUCUCAAGUUCUACAAGAAGUUCUGUAAUAAUCUCGAUGAUAUUAUCUGGAAGCCACCGGACGAUAGCUGCAAAGCACGAUCCACGAAGACAAAGAGCAAGCGGAGAUAAUCUCAUUCACACAACACUUACUUUUUUUGUUCAGUGUAUAAAAUCCUUUUUGUCCUGGGGCCGCACCUUCUUUGUUGGUACCGAGCCACUGAUUAGCUUUAUAACUCUUCUAGUUGAUUAACUGUACUCUGCUUGAAUGCUUGUGUGCAGCGACGAAACUAUGAUAGCUUAAGAUUCGAUGGAAAUUAGGUGCCCUUCGUUUUUUAUGGUUGUGGUUGUAUUCUGUUUUCGUCAUGUAAUACUUGUGUCUUUUGUGUUGGGCGGUAUGUUGCAUAUAUAGGGGUGCAAAG